UGGACAAUACAAUGAGGUGAUUCUCACAAAAGGUUGUGAAAUUGUGCAAGUCAUGCCUUUUUUGGAAUUCAUAGCUGGGAGUAUUUCAGGUGCAGUGGGACUGGCAGUUGGACAUCCACUGGACACCAUAAAGGUUCGCCUGCAGGCCCAGUCUGUGUAUAAAGGGAUAUUUCACUGUAUGGCAAAAACAUACUCUCAUGAAGGGCUCCAUGGAUUCUUCAAGGGCAUGGCAUUUCCAGUGCUGACCACGGGCAUGACCAACUCCAUAGUCUUUGGCUCUUACAGCUGUGCUUUAGAUUACCUCACUCAAUCUCAGCGCAUUGACCGUAGUCAAGGCAAACCGGCUUCUGCUGCACAAGUCUUCACUGCCGGCUGCUUCUCGGGCCUGGUGCAGGUGUUUUUUUCUGCACCUAUUGACCUGGUGAAGGUGCGCCUGCAGGGUCAAACAACUGCUGACCGAUACCGUGGACCUCUUCACUGUGUUGCUGUCAUCCUGAAGGAGGAAGGACCCAGGGGUCUGUUCAGAGGGGGGCUGGCCCUGGCCCUGAGGGACAUACCCUGCUAUGGGGUCUACUUCUUGCCUUACGAAGUCAUUCGAAAGGCUCUGACUAAGAGCGGCAAACAGCCAGGUACGUUUGCAAUAUUGAUGGCAGGUGGCGUGGCGGGCGUGGUGACCUGGGCCUUUGCCACGCCCAUGGACGUAGUGAAAGCCCGGCUCCAGAUGUCGGGGGCCGGCGGCCGAGAGUACAGCGGGGUCCUCCACUGCAUGAGAGUGAGCGUCAGAGAGGAGGGACUAAGAGUCUUUUUCAAAGGACUACUACUGAACAGCAUGAGGGCCUUCCCCGUCAAUGCCGUCACCUUCCUCACCUACGAGAGUCUGAUGCAGAUUUUCUGUCCACCAGCAAGAUGACCUCACUCUUGACAGCAAAUGGAUAAAUCAAAUCAGUUUUACUUGACAAAACGUGAAUUUUUAUUUCAAACCUUUCAAUUGCAUCCACUCAACAAACAAUGAAGGAGCCCCUACUAAAUAAACAAUACAAAAAAAAUGGAGUGUAUUUCAGUAUCGGUGACUGGUUUAGUAAAAGCCCUCCUAGAAAUUGUUUGAAGGCCACACGUUAACAAACUGUAUCAGAAAAGGUGGAACAUUACCAUGUGUGACAGUCACUGGCAUUAAAACAAGUAAAGGUCAGGAAGUCCCCAAAUGUUAGGACUCAAAUCAUUGUAAAUGAACAGACUUUGUGCCAUUUGAAUACGCUGCUACUUCGGUCUACUCUAUACACAUGGCCCUUACUGCAUGUCUGUCCAUCCUGGAAAUUAGACCCCUCAUCUGUUGCUCCAAGGUCGAAGCUGUAACCAGUUUUGGUUCUCUGUUCACAGACAGCGGAUGUUUAUGUUUCCGGGGUUGGUUCAGUCUCUAGUCAAUGUCAAACAUCACUCCAGUUUUUCUGUCCAAGGUCGAGUCCUGUUCUGUAUCAGCAGAGAUCUUAAGGUGUUGAAUGGUUUGUGGUAACUCCUGCCUGCUCCUCAUUGUUUUGAUUUUACGUUUAGGAUGUCAGUGUAAGAGAAGACAGAUAUUUAGCUCAAGAGUCAGUAGAGGCUAAAAACAGAGCCAGAAGGAAAGUGAAUAUUCGUCUGGUCAGAAAUGUAACUCCAAAUUAAUCCUAAUCCUGCUCCAUG